AUGUCCUGUUCACGCGUCAACCUCAGCGCUACCCCCUCCCACUCCCGCGGCACUCUCCUCGCAAAACUCAACUCCUUCUUCCGGGAGGCCCAAACGGACUCCCCACCCUCCCCCCACGAGUUCGACGCCUGGUUCUUCGCUCUCACCAUCGAUGAUCGCGCAAUCGUCCACGACAUCCUCCAACCGCUACACACCAACUGGCCCAGUCAAGUUGAAUACCCCAACGUUAUCGCGCUGGUACACUGGCUGCGUGAGCACCGUGCCGAGUACCGUGCAGAACGAGCUGCUGCCGUUGCGGAUGGCGUUGUCACGCCGGAGGUAGAGGGAGGAGACGAGAACUUGACAGUGGACGGGGUCAUGAAGAUGAUUGAACAAGUCUUGGCAGCUCAGCAGGAAGAAGCGGCAGCCACGCCUACCGUACCUGAGCCCGAACCUCCCGUUUCUGAACCCACCUGCCCUGGAGCUGUCGACGAGGAGCCGCAGCCGCAGCCCAUUCAUCCUCGCCCAUAUCCUGUUGAUGGAAUGGAUGUUCUGGCCGUUCUCGUCAUGGUCUUGGCUCCGGCAUGCUUGGUACGUCUCCUGAUGAUCUUGUUUCUGUUCACGGUUAUCCGACAGGCCUCUAAUGGUAUGCGACGUCUUUAG